UUUUUUUUUUUACAAAGGCGACCUGAGAUCAGCCAUUACUUUCCUUGGCUCGCUUAUAGGAAUCUCUUACAUUUGGUGCUUGCUGCUGGUGGUGGUGGAACCGCACUCGGAUUCUUUCAUCCCCCCCACCCCCUUGCUGUCCUCUCCUCCCUCCCUUUCUCCUUCCCUCUCUCCCUCCUUCCCUCCCCCGUUAUUCCGCCGGGGGAGCCGGAUUUGUGGCUGCGGUGGGGCGGGGGGGGACGAGAGCGAGAGGGAGAGCCGGCGAGAGACAUGGAUGGCCCGGCGCGAUGCAACGGGCUUCGGAAGAAGCGGCGAUCGCGGUCCCAGCGCGACCGGGAGCGGCGAGCCCAAGGCGGGCGGCGCGGCUGUGCCGCCGGCGGGGCCGCCGGCCCCGGGGCCGCCGCGCUCUCCUCCUCGGGCUCGGAGAAGGAAGACAAUGGGCCCCCGCCGCCGUCCCGGCCGCGGCCCCCCCGGAGGAAGCGGCGGGAGUCCUCCUCGGCCGAAGAGGACAUUAUCGACGGUUUCGCGAUGUCCAGCUUCGUCACUUUCGAGGCGCUGGAGAAGGACGUAGCUCUGAAACCUCAGGAACGUGUGGAGAAGCGACAGAACCCUCUAGCCAAGAAGAAACGGGAAGCACUUACCAAUGGGCUGUCGUAUCUUCCAAAAAAGAACAGGUUCCACCACCACCACCAGUACAGCUCCGACCGGGAAAAUGACCGAAACCUGUGCCAGCACCUUGGGAAACGGAAGAAGUUACCCAAGGGCCUCAGACAGCUCAAGCCAGGCCAGAACAGCUGCCGAGACAGCGACAGCGAGAGCGCCAGCGGCGAGUCCAAGGGCUUCCAGCGGAGCAGCUCCCGGGAAAGGCUCAGCGAUAGCUCAGCUCCUUCCAGCUUGGGAACAGGCUACUUUUGUGACAGCGACAGUGAUCAAGAAGAAAAGGCAUCUGAUGCCAGCUCUGAGAAACUGUUCAACGCUGUCACAAAUAAAGAUAAAGAGGUGGGAGUUGGCGCGCUUGCUGACAAUGACAACCCUGGUGCUAGGGGCCCAGCUGUCCCCAAAAUAUCAGGACUAGAAAGGAGCCAAGAGAAGAGCCAGGACAGCAGCAAAGACCCAGUACUUGAGCCUGUGGUGCCUAAAGAUCCCCGUCCUCAGGUGACGCCGCCGCCGCUGGAGCCGCCGCCCGAGGGCCGCUGCCCCAGCCCUGCGCUCGCCCCGCGCCUGGAGGCCGCGGGCCCGCCCGCCCCGGCCGGGCCAGUGCCCCCGGCCCCCGAGGAGCCCGGCCGCCCUCCCGCCGGCCAGCCCUGCGGCCAGCCCUGCGGCCAGCCCUGCGGCCAGCCCCCGGCCGGCCAGCACCCGCUGCGGCCGCAGUCGCCGCUGCCCCCGGCGCACCCGGCCCUGCCCGCCGUGCAGCCCCAUCCCCAGAGCCUCUCGCAGCCGCUCUCUGCCUACAACAGCAGCAGUUUGAGCCUCAACAGCUUAAGCAGCAGCAGGAGCAGCACCCCUGCCAAGACUCAGGCGCCUCCCCCGCACAUCUCGCACCACCCAUCGGCGUCGCCGUUCCCGCUGUCCCUGGCCAGCCACAGCCCCCUGCACAGCUUCCCGCCCGCCCUGCAGCCCCCCGCACACCCACACCACCCCAAUAUGUUUGCCCCUCCCACGGCUCUGCCCCCGCCACCCCCGCUGACGUCAGGGACGCUGCAGGUUCCAGGACACCCAGCUGGUAGCACCUACUCAGAACAAGACCUCCUGCGCCAGGAGCUGAACACGCGGUUCUUGGCCUCGCAGAGCGCCGACCGCGGGGCCUCGCUGGGCCCGCCACCCUACCUGAGGACAGAGUUCCACCAGCACCAGCACCAGCACCAGCACACACACCAACACACCCACCAGCACACCUUCACGCCCUUCCCCCACGCCAUCCCUCCCACUGCCAUCAUGCCGACGCCAGCACCGCCCAUGUUUGACAAAUACCCUACAAAAGUUGACCCCUUCUACCGUCACAGUCUGUUUCACUCCUAUCCUCCAGCUGUAUCAGGUAUUCCUCCCAUGAUCCCUCCCACUGGCCCCUUCGGCUCACUGCAAGGAGCUUUCCAACCCAAGACUUCCAAUCCUAUUGAUGUUGCAGCCAGACCUGGAACGGUCCCACAUACCCUUCUACAGAAGGAUCCACGGUUGACAGAUCCGUUCAGGCCCAUGUUGAGGAAACCUGGCAAGUGGUGUGCUAUGCAUGUUCACAUCGCCUGGCAGAUCUACCAUCACCAACAGAAAGUCAAGAAACAGAUGCAGUCUGAUCCACACAAGCUGGACUUUGGCCUGAAACCAGAAUUUCUGAGCAGGCCACCUGGCCCCAGCCUUUUUGGAGCCAUCCACCACCCCCAUGACCUUGCUCGGCCCUCAACUCUCUUCUCCACAGCCAGUGGGGGGCAUCCAGCCGGGACCCCUUUUGGCCCACCACCCCACCACAGCAACUUCCUGAACCCAGCUGCUCACUUAGAGCCCUUCAACCGGCCGGCGUCCUUCAGCGGCCUCACCGCCGUGGGCAGCAACGCCUUCGGGGGGCUCGGGAACCCCGCAGUCACACCCAACUCAAUGUUCGGCCACAAGGAUGGCCCCAGUAUGCAGAGCUUUAGCAACCCUCACGAGCCCUGGAACCGACUGCACCGAACUCCUCCUUCGUUCCCGACCCCUCCGCCCUGGCUGAAGCCAGGAGAGCUGGAGCGCAGUUCAUCUGCUGCAGCUCAUGACAGAGAUAGAGAUGUAGAUAAACGAGACUCAUCUGUUAGUAAAGAUGACAAAGAAAGGGAGAGCACUGAGAAAAGACACUCCAGCCAUCCUUCGCCAGCACCUAUCCAUCCAGUAAACUCCCUCGGACAUAACCGCAGCUCAAGUGAGCAGAUCAGGAGCCAUCUGAAUCCCGAGGUUCGAGAAAAAGAGAAACCCAAAGAACGAGAGAGGGAUCACUCCGAAUCUCGGAAGGAAAUCAAUGUUGAAGAGCACAAGGUGAAGGACAACUACGUUUCAGAGAAAGAAGGCCUGAGCCAUGAAAGCCGAGUGGUGGAAGAGUCUAAGCAAAUGCCCAGGGUUCCUUCCCCCUAUGCCAGGCCUCCCGUUGUGGAGAGCACCAGGCCUAACAGCACUUCCAACCGCGAGGCCGACAGGAAGAACGAGCCGGCGUAUGAUAACCCGAAGAAAAGCAAUGAAGUCAAGGUGAAGGAAGAGCGAAAGGAAGACCAUGAUGUUCAGCCUGAGGGACCUCAGACCCAUAGGUCAUCUGAUCAGCCACCACCUAUAUCCACAUCCAACGUCCAUCCAAGUCCUUUAGUGUCUAUGCCCAUGACUGUAGGUGUGACUGGUAUACAUCACAUGAACAGCAUCAGUGGCCUGGACAGGACUCGCAUGAUGACCCCUUUUAUGGGAAUUAGCCCAAUUCCUGGUGGGGAACGUUUCCCCUAUCCUUCUUUCCACUGGGAUCCAAUGAGAGAUCCCUUGAGAGAUCCCUACAGAGAGCUGGAUAUUCAUCGGCGAGACCCCCUGGGCAGAGACUUUUUGCUAAGAAAUGACCCUCUCCAUCGCCUGUCCACGCCAAGGUUGUACGAAGCCGACAGGUCAUUCAGGGAUCGGGAACCUCACGACUACAACCACCACCACCACCACCACCACCCUCUGUCCGUGGACCCGCGGCGGGAGCACGAGAGGGGCGCGCACCUGGACGAGCGGGAGCGGCUGCACAUGCUGCGCGAGGACUACGAGCACGCGCGCCUGCACUCGGUGCACCCCGCCGCCCUGGACGGGCACCUGCCACACCCCGGCCUCCUCACGCCAGGACUGCCCAGCAUGCACUACCCCCGCGUCAGUCCCCCCACGGGACACCAGAACGGCCUCCUCAAUAAAACUCCCCCCACAGCAGCUCUCAGUGCCCCUCCGCCUCUCAUCUCUACGCUGGGCCCUCGGCCUGGCUCUCCCAGAAGGACUACUCCUCUGUCCACAGAGAUGAGAGAGAGGCCCCCCUCUCACACCCUCAAGGACAUCGAAGCUCGAUAA